AUGGAUCUGUCAGAGCCAUUAGGAAUUAACCACAUCGAAGGUGGCCUGGUUGGAGUGGAUUAUUCUCUCGACGAUGUAGUUGUGUCAAAUCUUUCGAAGUGUGCUGUAAAAUCGUUAAAGAUAGAUCUAGAUUCAUUAGAUAUGAAUAUUCACUUGGACUGCCCGCAUUUGUCUAUGUUUGGCAAAUAUAACGUGACUGGAAUGAUCAUAGCUAUAUUCUUUGAGGGACUGGGCGAAACCAGAAUUGUUGCAGAAAAUUACGGACUUUCAAUUAAAGGGAAACUGGAAGAAUUUAUUGGAGAAGAUGACCAAAAGCACGUUAAAGUCAAGAAUUUCAUACCAAAACCUCAUUACGGUGGGAAAGUUGUUUAUAAUCUGACAAAUCUGUUUUAUGGAAAUGAAAUGUUAGCUACCGAGGCCCAUAAGUACAUCAACGGCAAUUGGAAGGCGGUGUCAGAAUUCGGCCAAGCUCCAAUAAUGUCUGCUGCGCUGAGACUAUUCUUCAAAAACAUCAACAAGUGUCUUAAGCCUAUACCGGUUCAAAAUAUAGAAUUUUGA